AGGUACUGCGAAUGAUAUGUAUGUGUGAGAAGUUCUUCGCGAUGAAGGGAGCACAAUGCACAUUAAUGGCGGCUCCAGCAGACGACGGUAACGAGGAGCAGCAGCAGGGGGUCGUCACCGGUGGCGCGGAGUUUCCAGGAGACCAACUGCCGCCCAAUGCUGGAGCAGGGGACAGCCGUUCCCGAUCCACAUUUCACUUCAACGCUACUUCAUACAUAUACAUACUGGAAAGAUUUCGGCGGGUGUACCAGUGGCGACAGCAGGCGGCAGGAUCUUCGCAGCAAGCGGCAGCUUCGGUCCGGGAGGAGCAGAGGACGCCUGCGAGACGUCGCGAUCCGGCGCCCACCACGCUCCAGCUGUGUCGGCGGGCGCUGCUACUGGGCCGGUGUGUGGUCGCUAGGCUGCUGCGGUGGUUCUCCGCGCGGCCGCUGGGCCAGCGAGCGCUGCAGGCCGUCAGCGACACGAUGAUGGCUGCUGAGCGGGCAACUGUCUGGGCUGGGUCCGCCACGGCUGGCUCUGCCGAUCGUCAGCCAGUACCUUUCACGUGGUGCGCCAUGAUGCCUGUAGUUGUGGCGCUGAUGGUCAUCCAGACUGGAUCUGCUCUCGCGGAAAGGUACCUCAACGUCCAGCUGCCGGGCAACAGACAACUGGUGAGCUGGCUCCAAAGACAGCGCGUAGAGCUGGAACAACUUAAAGCUUCGGCAGCGUGCAACAUACGCACCCAUUGCAUCGAUGAAAGUGACCCCAUGCACCGGUUGCUGAACACGUGGCCGCUCAACAUUCCGUACAGGGCAGCGCAACAGCUUGGAAUCAUUCCGGUGAGAGUUGAUAAGCAACCAUCAGAUACUGAAUCUACAAGUAUACCUCCUCUGGAAGUUGUUGCGAGUUCCUCCGCAUCAGAUUCGUCGACCCUGACUGAAGAUCAGGAAAACACAGCACCCAGCUCCAGAGAGGUGACUCCUCCGCCAAAAGCUCUUGGGGAGAAAAGCAUGUAUUUCAGUCCUGAAGGCGACAGGCAAACGGAGGAAGAAACGGAGCCAGAGGAGCCGCAGAACGACAAACAGGAACGGGAAGAGGCGCAAGGCGAGAAAGCCCAAGAAGAAAAGGCAGAACUGCCGACGAUAACAGCGGAGGAAGCAGAAGGGGCAGCGAGGACCGUGGUGCAGCCACAGCCACCCGCCUCUGUCCUGUCAGCUGAGGAGGCGGAGAGGGCAGCCAUGGACGUGGUGUCUCCACUUCCGCCACCACAACCAGCGGUCCCAGCUGUGUCCUCAGAGCAGCUACUGGCUGCCGAGGGCGCCUCUUGCUCUGAACCUGGCACCAGCACGCGAGAGCUGAAGGCGAGCUCCAAAGCCCUCAAGUCGGCGUUCUUCCGCAAUUUGUUCUGAGCAGUUACGUUGAAUAUCUCGGUACACAACUAUGCUAGUCUCAUUAAGCACAAAAAUGUAUUGGCUUUCGACUUAUUAUCCAACGCAAAUUUUAAAAUGUAUGUAAAUGUAUUUUAAUAUAAGAAUAACAAUGAAAUUAGUAUUUUACGAAAGCUUGAUUUCGUAUCUGGUAAAGGUUAAGAAAAAGUUUCAAAAUUUAUUGUAAAAGUAUGCUUGUCAUGAAUAGCAACUUUCACUGUUCAAAUUGGUAAUCCAUUAAUAAAACCAAUAAACUACCA